AUGGCGCUCGGUGAGGCUGGAGUUCCGUUGUCUCUCUUGUAUUGUGUUUCUCGUGUCAGGUUUUACUCCACUAUCUGAUAGAGGUCUGCGAUUCCUGCGCGGUGUGCGCCUCUAAACAAAACCUGUCUGGGUAAAAACGGCAGCAUUUGCCUGCUGGAUACUCACAGAGAAGUGGUUUGUAGAUAUCUGAGAAGGCUUGCUAACUAGCAAGGAGGCAAAAAAAAAAUUACGGGAGAUACAGAGCAACAAGAGGAGGAGUCCUGUUCUGGAAGAGCUGAUGCAGGUGCCAUGGCAAUAGCCGAGGCAUGGGAGUGACGUGACAGUACUUGAUGUGCUUCCAAACAAAAACCUUAUCAGCAUCAUGUUUUUCUGCUGAAUUAGAGGCAGAACACACAGAGAAUGGACGAGUCCGUGUUGUUGGAUUUGCUCGAGUGCCCCGUUUGUCUCGAGCGGCUAGAUGCCUCGGCAAAGGUUCUUCCUUGUCAGCACACCUUCUGCCGGCGUUGCCUCCAAGGUAUCCUUGGCUCACGCGGGGAGUUGCGCUGCCCAGAGUGCCGGACGUUGGUGGAGUGUGCCGUGGAUGAACUUCCCAGCAACAUCCUACUUGUGCGGCUCUUGGAUGGAAUCAAGCAGAGGCCACGGAGGGUUGGCCCUGGGGCGGCAGUCUGCACAAAUGGUACAUCUGGAGCCAUGGCCAGGGCACAUGGAAGUGGAUCCCGGGACCAGGGCACCCCGGGAGCACAACCCCAGCGAGCUCAGGCUAAGAGCACCCUCGUCCGGGGCGUACCCCAGCUCCCGUGUGCCAAGGCGCUCUACAACUACGAUGGCAAGGAACAAGGAGACCUCAAGUUCAGCAAGGGUGACAUUAUCAUCCUGCGUCGACAAGUGGAUGAGAACUGGUACCACGGUGAGAUGGGUGGAGUCCACGGCUUUUUCCCCACCAACUUUGUCCAAGUUAUUAAGCCGCUGCCACAGCCGCCACCUCAGUGCAAAGCUCUCUAUGACUUUGAGCUCAAAGAUAAAGAGGCCGACAAGGACUGUCUGCCCUUCUCAAAGGAUGAUAUCCUGACUGUGAUCCGCAGAGUAGAUGAAAACUGGGCCGAGGGAAUGCUGGGAGAUAAAAUUGGAAUUUUCCCCAUCUCGUAUGUUGAGUUUAAUUCGGCAGCUCGGCAGCUUAUAGAAUUGGACAAGCCGUCCGACUCCAGUGGAGACUCCGGGGAAGGGGCCUCCUCAGGGCCUCAGACAAAUGGUGCCCACCGGGCAGGGGAGAAGAAGAACAGCAAGAAACGACAUUCUUUCACCUCUCUCACCAUGUCGCACAAACCCAUGCUAGCGCCUCCCCCCCAGCGCCACUCCAUGGAGAUUAGCGGGCCGGUCCUCAUCAGCUCCAGCAACCCCACAGCAGCAGCUCGAAUCGGAGAGAUCAGCGGGGGCCUCUCCUGCAGCGCACCUUCACAGGUACAUAUUUGCACAACUGGCCUAAUUGUGACCCCGCCUCCUAGCAGUCCUGUUACUACAGCAACCGUCUUCACAUUUCCCUCAGAGACGAGCUACACAUCCAUCCCUGUGGAUGCUCUCCCACCACCCCCACCGCCUCCCCCCCAGUCCUCCGUCGGUGGAGCUGCAUAUUCGCUGGCUGCCGGACAGAGACCCUCCCCCAGCAUAAGCGACCAAAGUGGGAGACAAAGACCCACAGUCUAUGUGGCAAUGUUUCCCUACACUCCUCGAAAGGAGGAUGAACUGGAGCUGAGGAAAGGAGAGAUGUUUCUGGUGCUGGAACGCUGUCAGGAUGGCUGGUUCAAGGGCACGUCCAUGCACACGGGAAAGAUUGGAGUGUUUCCUGGGAACUACAUGAGCCCCGUCAGCAGGACGGCGUCUGGGAGCUCUCAGCCCAAAGUGCCCUUGAGUCUGUGCACUCAGGCAGGCAGAGGUGUCACCAUCGUCAGCCCCUCUUCUGCUCCCCUUGGAGCCAUUGUUUCAGGGCCUGAUUUUAACAAACCGCUCACUGUAUGCCCCGCCGCUGCACCUGCCAGCUCCCAGCCUGUAGCGGUGGUCACCACAGCUCAAACAGCCACAGGCCAACAGCCAAAAGUCUCGCUGCACGUCACCUCCCAGAUGACCGUGAAUCAGGCUCGCAACGCGGUCAGGACAGCUGCAUGUCACAGUCAGGACAGGCCCACAGCAGCAGUGACACCAAUACAGUCUGCAACACCCGUGACGUAUCUCCCACACCUCGCAGUGUGCUCGCAGCCCGGGUCAAGCCCUGCACAAGGCUGCACUCGAUUAGGGGUGGCAAUGGGCUGCGCAGCUGCCUCCUUGACCCCACCCAAUGUCAGCGCUGCAUCUUUGGAUAGUGACGCUUUGAGACCUGUACCUGUCCUCGCUGUGCCCGUCGGCCCUGGGAGCAACUCCGCUCUCAAUCCCACAUCUAACAAUGCAGCUCCUGCCUGCAGACUGGAUAAAGACAUCAAGAGAGAAAAGAAAAGUCUUCUGAAGCUGUUGUCCUCCAAUAAGAAGAAGUCUCGCCCUUCGCCCCCCUCCUCUCCUACCCUUGAGGCUGAGCAGACCGCUGCUGCUGGAGAGCUGCUACAUGGCGCUGUGGGCCCUGACACCUCCCCUCCCUCUGGCCCAGCGAGCUGCCUGGACUCUGAACCUGCUGCUGCUUCUGCCUCGUCAUCCUCCUCCUCCUCAGUCCCAGAGUCCUCCCAUCGGAAGAGCAGUCCCCUUGAUGGAUGUGUUCCUAUCGCUCCUCCUCCCCGCCAGCCCUGCUCCUCUCUUUUAUCUCAACAGCAUGACGCACGUCCCAUCAUAUGUGAGAGGUACAGGGUGGUUGUAUCAUAUCCUCCCCAGAGCGAAGCAGAGCUGGAACUUAAGGAGGGCGACAUUGUGUUUGUUCACAGGAAGAGGGAAGAUGGCUGGUUCAAAGGCACGCUGCAGAGGAAUGGCAGGACGGGACUGUUCCCUGGCAGCUUUGUAGACAUCAUUUAAUACACGCACGUAUACACACAAACACACAGUGAUCCAUCUGACUGCUGCUAGCCUCGUUAAGGUGUCACUGCUCCCAAGGUUGCUUGGACAGGUCAACCACGAUGACACUUCAAGUCUUGAAAUAGACCACCGUUGGCACUCGAGAGCGCUGCAGAGAAAAAUCAAUGAAAGCACAUUGGACAGAGUUAGAGGAGAGCACACACUAUUCAUGAACUUUUCUUUACUUUUUUUUUGUUGGUUAUUUAUAUCUUUGUAACAAUUCAACUGUUAAAUGUGUGCCUUGUACUGUUCCUCACUUUAUUGUACAUAAGGACACAAAUAUGAUUAGUCCUAAAACAUCCAGUAUGAACUGUUUAUCCGUAUGUUACACAUUUUAACUUAUUUCAUAGAUCAACCUUUUUGUAGUGCCACAUGUUAAGGGGUUAAGUAAAGCACACGCCUUAUUUUAAUACAUCAGACUUGCUUUUCUCUAUAUGACUGCUGUUCAGACUGUCAGAAGGCAGUUAUAUUAGGUGGAACAGAUCAGAACAAAUUGUGCUGCAGAGUAAGAAAAUAAGAUACUUCUCCUCC